CUGAUACAACGAGUUACGAACAUUAUUCUCACAACAAAUAUUAUUCUCACAACAAAUAUUAUUCUCACAACAAAUAACUAGAAAAGAAAGAGCAGCAUUUUUGUCAUUCGUAUGUUGUUUGUGACAAGGAAGUUGAAUAUGUAUUUGGGAAAACGUGCGUACCAAACCGUACAAGUUGGAGAGUCCCUUCGAUAAUCCCAAUCCUCGCUUGCCCUCACCGGUCACGAAUCUGAUUUGCCUCGGAUAUCGACAUGCAGAUUGUUACAUCUACACUUUUCUUCAUAGGCUUCUGUCAAAGUCGCAGUUUCAGAAUCGGGACAGACUAAGAUGAAUAUCGAAACAUCAGAUGACCGAAUCUCACAGAAACACAGCCACAACCUUUCCGGCCCCCCCCCCACACGUCGGCCAUUUCCAGUAUCGUGUUUUUGCUCCGCCUUCAAAAGCUUGAAGAUCGAUGCCUUUCCUCCUCUUAGCACAGUGCAGCUCAAACAAAAAAGUGAACGUUACCUGCAAUCGCCACUGGACGAGACGUCGGGUUAAAGGUAAGCGACGAGGCUACGAGUUGAUGAAAGGUACUGUUUCAUUGAAUGGCCCACCCGAUUCCCGUUAACACCAUGGAUCUUCAGCCUCAAGACCCUUACUGAUAUAGCCGAAUGUUUGUUCGGCAUGACGUUCGGUGCAGUGCCAUGUGCAGCCUAUCUACGAAGGGAUAUUUGUGACUUGGUGGCUUGUUGGUGCAAGAACGGUUCUGUUUGCUAGGACUUGAGGUCGGCAUUGGCAGGCGCUACAGUCUAGUAGGACAGGCUCAUGUCGUAUUUUAAGUUUGUGGUGCCACCAACUCUGUACCCACGACAUCGAAUUUUUGGGGGAGAUUAUAAGUUACACUGAUGUCCUCUGUUAGUUCACUGAUCAUCAGAGCUUUAUUAUCCCGUCCCAUCUGAUCGAAGGCUCUGAGUCCGUGACCCAGAAACCAUCUCAAACGCGUAUCCAUCAAGUCCAUCAAGAGCCAUUAUGCUCUAUUCCAUUCUUCUCACUGUAGCUGGUUUAUCCUCCGUUCUUGCCGUGCCAGCACCACAAGUAUCGCCUGGAACUCUAGGUCUGGGAGAACAAUGCUCAGGCUCCUCCGAAUGUGCCAACGGCGCUAGUUGCUAUGCAACCAACUCCGGUCUGAUCACUCGUUGUGGCAACUUCCAAGCAUCGUGCAGCUCUAACUCACAAUGUGCCUACAAUACAUGUGUGGACGGUCUCUGCAAUGGGUUCCUCGCUUCCACAACAACCACCUCAAGCUCCCAAUCAACAGGAACUUCAACCACCGUCUACCUCCCGCUCGGCGCAGACUGCAAUCCCAACUCCACACCAUGUGCAAAUGGAGCCAGUUGUUAUGCUACGAACUCCAUGCUACAACCCAGAUGUGGAAACUUCCAAGCAACCUGCUCCAACGACUCACAAUGCGCUUUCAAUACUUGCCGGAACGGAUUCUGUAAUGGUUUCAUCGCGUCGACCACUGCAACAGAUAGUCAAUAUACUAGUACGGCAUCAAGAACUCAACCUACAAGUACAUCGACAACCGUCUACCUGCCACUAGGAGCAAAUUGUAGCCCGAACUCAACACCUUGUGCGAAUGGCGCUCAAUGCUACGCUACGAACUCAAUGCUGCAACCACGAUGUGGCAACUUCCAGUCAGCUUGUACGAGCAACGCGCAAUGUGCAUUCAACACAUGCAAUCAAGGGCUCUGCAAUGGAUUUCUCGCUAACAGCAGCUCGUCACCUGUAAGCACUGCACCAACUACUUCGACUUCGGAAGCCUCGUCUUCAAAAGCUUCUUCUACAGAAGCUUCAUCGACUAUUCAAAGCACUGCUGUUGUGACCAUGACACCCGUGGUUACGGAGAGCUCCCUUGUGAUUGUUACGCCUUCGGCCACUGCAGGUUCAUCUUCGGCUUCGACUACGACGUCUUCGGCGCCAGCGCAGCUGAAUACCAAUGCUGCAGCGGAAUCGAAGAGUAGACAUUUGGGACUUGUGAUUGCGGGUGCUGCAGCAGUUUUUGCCUUUGCAUAAGUGAUACCAUGCAACGAGGAGGGCAGAAUGUGGCAGGUUCUGAGCUAUUGGCAAUGGGACAGGUUGGCUUGUUUGCUAUGUGGUGGGUGGUAAGAGAAGAGCCAAUAUAUAAUGUAUAAUAGACGAAGAGAGAAGAAAAAAACGUUAGAAU